UUUAAUUUAAUUUUGUAUACUAAUUAACCAACUUUGAUUUACGAAUGUCAAAAAUUCAAUCCCUUCUAUAAUCAAGAUAUUUCAAAUUUGCAUUAUAAGGAUUUAUAGUUUUAUUUAGCAUACUGAUUUAUAGUUUUAAUUUAAUUUUGUCAAAGUCUUGCGGUCAAUGAGGCCAUUGAGACUUGAGGAUGUGAUAGUAGGGCAGUAUAAGGGCCACAGCAAGGUUGGAAAAUCGUACUUGGGCUACACAGAUGAUCCAACGGUGCCUAGCAACAGCAUAACUCCAACAUUUGCAGCUGCAGCUCUUUUUAUUAAUAAUGCCCGUUGGGAUGGGGUGCCUUUUCUCAUGAAAGCCGGAAAAGCUCUGCACACCAAACGGGCGGAAAUUAGAGUCCAGUUCAGACAUGUUCCGGGUAAUCUGUACAAGCGAAACUUUGGAACAGAUUUGGAUAAAGCCACAAACGAGCUAGUUCUUCGUGUACAGCCAGAUGAAGCCGUAUACUUCAAAAUUAACAACAAGGUUCCUGGUCUUGGAAUGAGACUCGACCGAAGUGACCUUAACUUGCUUUACAAAGCCAGGUACCCAAGGGAAAUACCGGACGCAUAUGAAAGACUUGUUCUAGACGCGAUUGAAGGAGAACGGAGAUUAUUCAUCCGAAGUGACGAACUGGAUGCUGCGUGGGCCUUAUUCACACCAUUGCUUAAGGAAUUGGAAGACAGAAAAAUUGCACCCGAGUUAUAUCCGUACGGGAGUAGAGGACCUGUCGGGGCCCACUAUCUCGCUGCCAAGCAUAACGUUCGAUGGGGAGAUCUCUCGGACUAACAAACCAGAAUUGCUAGCUGUUAAAUUCUUGAGUCUAUAUAUACUAUAUAAUAUUAUAUAUAGGGUAUAAUUUGUCAAUUGUUUCUGGAUUGAUUGAGGGCUUAUAGCUUUCAAACUGGUAAAAAGGCCAUAGCUGAUUUAAGUUGUAAGGUUUCUCUUUUGUGCAUUUUAUCAUGCAAGAGCCAUUAAGUUUUGAACUAAGUUAUGUUAAGCGAAGAACACUUAUCUUCAGAUUUAAAUUCACUUUGAUCUCUGAUUUGCAAAAACGUUAGUUGUUCUUUUAAAUAAG